CGGCCGCAGCUUGGGCGCUCGCGCGGGGUCGCGAAGUGCCGGCUGCGCCGCUACCGUCAGGUAUGAAGGGCUGGGGUCUUGCAGCUGCCUCCUCCUCGUUCCAGCGCCAUGGAAUGCCUGCGGAGCCUGGCCCAGCUCCAGCCCCGCGCGGUGAGGUUGCCCCGGCGCACCCUGUGCUCUCUGGCCUUGGGCUUGACCCCCGGGACUCGCUCCGUUGCCGCCUGCGGCCGCGCUGCCCAACUGCUCGGAAGGAGGUGGGCCGCGCCGCUGUACGGGCCCCGCCGGCUCCCCACGGCAGGUGAAAUUCACCGGUUUAGAACUUCUGAUGUCUCUCAAGCCACUUUAGCCAGUGUAGCCCCGAUGUUUACUGUGACAAAAUUUGACAAAGGGGGAAAGGUUACUUCUUUUGAAAAGAAGAAAACUGACUUAUAUCAAGAAUUAGGUCUUCAAGCCAGAGAUUUGAGGUUUCAGCAUUUAAUGAGCAUCACAAGCAGAAACAAUAGGAUUAUCAUGAGAAUGGAGUAUUUGAAAGCUGUGAUAACUCCAGAGUGUCUUCUGAUACUAGAUUAUCGUAAUUUAAAUUUAGAGCAGUGGCUGUUCCGGGAGCUCCCUUCACAGUUGGCUGGAGAGGGUCAACUUGUCACAUACCCUUUACCUUUUGAAUUUAGAGCUAUAGAAGCACUCCUGCAGUAUCGGAUCAACACUCUUCAGGGGAAACUUAGCAUUUUGCAACCAUUGAUCCUUGAGACAUUGGAAGCUUUAGUGGAUCCCAAACAUUCUUCCAUAGACAGAAGCAAACUGCACAUCUUACUACAAAAUGGCAAAAGCCUGUCAGAGUUAGAAACAGAUAUUAAAAUCUUCAAAGAGUCCAUUUUGGAGAUCUUGGAUGAAGAAGAGUUGCUGGAGGAGCUCUGUCUGACAAAGUGGAGCGACCCACAGGUCUUUGAAAAGAGCAGUGCUGGGAUUGACCAUGCCGAAGAGAUGGAGUUGCUGUUGGAAAACUACUACCGAUUAGCUGAGGAUCUUUCCAAUGCAGCUCGGGAACUUAGGGCACUGAUUGAUGAUUCACAGAGUAUCAUAUUCAUCAACUUGGACAGCCACCGUAAUGUGAUGAUGAGGUUGAACCUACAGUUGACCAUGGGAACCUUCUCUCUUUCGCUCUUUGGACUAAUGGGAGUUGCUUUUGGAAUGAAUUUGGAAUCUUCCCUUGAGGAGGACCAUAGAGUGUUUUGGCUGAUCACAGGAAUUAUGUUCAUGGGAAGUGGCCUCAUCUGGAGGCGUUUGCUGUCAUUCCUUGGACGACAGCUGGAAGCUCCUUUGCCUCCUCUGAUGGCCUCUUUACCUAAAAAGACACUGCAGGCAGAUAGAAGGACGGAAAUGAAACACAGCUUCAGGCCGGAUGGACUUGAAUCAAGCAGGAGUGUCUUAACAAACCGUUAGGCACAACCCGGUGGAAACUGAAUUAUUUUUUUAUGGUAGUCACGGGAGAAUUCUGAUAUUCUUCUAUUAUUUUCUUUUAUAAGAGUCAGAGACUUGGGGAAAAACCCACUGACAUUUAAAUUGUAGUGUCUGAUGUUAAAAAUAUUAACAGCAGUCACAGUACUAGAACUUAAUUGCAUUUUCAGGAUUCUGAGUAAAGAAACAAAGCGCUUGCUUUGUAAAACGCCAAAGUUUUAUUUCCUACAAACUUAAGAGAUUAACUUAACACAAGAAUAGAUUGUGGUAUCAAUUUUAUUUAAUUUAUACAUGUCAACAAAAGUGCAACCUCAUGCCAAAUGAAGCCUGGAAACUUGAGAAGCCCACAGUUAUGAGACCAGGUUGCCAUAGUUCUUAGUACAAGGAAUCACAUUCUUGUGAAUUUGUCACUCUCAGGUGACUGAAAAGCUAGCAGAAUAUAUAUUAACCUUAAAACAAACUCUCGGAGUUUGUGCUUUAAAGCAGUCUUUGACAUAACCUUAUUUUCUUGUAUUUGCCCCCCUUUUAUAAAAGGAAUAAAAAAAAAGGAAAUGAGUUUAAUGUCAGCUUUACAUAGAUUCCAGUUAAUCAGAAUUUUACUUUCUCAACCAAUGAAACUAUUUUUCUUUGCUUGACUAUAAUUAAAGCUUUUGGGAAUUGAGCCGAAAGAAUUUCCAUUCUAUUACUGCUUUAUAGCUGUUUUGGUCAUUCCCUGGUUUUUAGAACAGAUAGACAUGUCACCCCAAAAAGGAAAAUAUAUGUAGCCUAGUUAAUCUAUUUGCCUACACCUUGGAGGUUGACAGGUGGGCUUCCUAAAACAAGAGGGUAGAUAAACUUUAAAAUUGUGAUACCUUUUUGUUUUCACAAUCAGAUUUGGGUUUAAAACAAAUGACUGAUAUUUGUAUGUCUCAAAGCUCCUAUCCUGGGGCUUCCCUGGUGGCGCAGUGGUUGAGAGUCCGCCUGCUGAUGCGGGGGACACAGGUUCGUGCCCGGGUCCGGGAAGAUCCCACAUGCCACGGAGCAGCUGGGCCCGUGAGCCAUGGCCGCUGAGCCUGCGCGUCCGGAGCCUGUGCUCCACAACGGGGGAGGCCGCGAUGGUGAGAGGCCCGCAUACCGCAAAAAAAAAAGCUCCUAUCGUACUUAACAUCUUCUGCCUCUUUUAAUGUUGGGUUUAUAAACCUGAACGAACUUUUUAGCGAACCCAAAUUAUUUUCUGGAGGUUAAGUACAGUUAUGCAAUAGAACAUGACAGUUAUAUUUGCCCCCAAAAGAUGCAUAGAAGAUUCUAGAGUGUUCAGAGCAGCUCUUGCGCUACAAAUUUAGUAGUAAAAUAAAUAGGCAUACCCUGAUGAUGUUGGAGGAUACCUGAUACCCUAAUAUGUCAUAUGAGGGAGUUUAGGGGUCCAUUUACCAGGUGGUUUAGUGCUAGGAAUAAAAGUGAUCUUCUAGUAGCCGAUUUGAAAGAAAAGUUACAAGUUUUCCCCGUUCCCAUGUCUGGUUAUGAGAGGACAUUAGAAUAGCAUAAAGCAGGCUGGGCUUGUCUUGGAACACACUUUAUGGUGUGGUUGUUGGAAUGUGAGUAGCAUCAUACAUCUGUUUGAUGAUUUCCAGGAUAAAGUAUCUUUGACAAUAUUUAGAUUUCACAGGGCACUCUUCUCUGGUACACCUCAGAGCACACUGCUGCUAUUUGUGAUCUCAGGUCAUCACUGUAAAAUAAGGUAAUAAAUAUCACUUAACUGUGACCUAUGAAGAAUUGGAAGUCCAGAGGGCAAAACUUGAUUUGGUUAAGAUCAGGCAUAGGAUAGAAUUUUGGUCUUUUUUUCUUUCUGAUGUUGCUUAGUUUGUGGGCUUACAUAAAAUUUUUGAUGAGUCAUGUCGCAUCAAUAAAUGGGAGAAUAAAUGCAACUACCUCAUAAGUCUGAUAAAGGGAAGGUACUAAUGGUUUAAAUUUCUUGAAGGUGGUUAAAUCAAGUAUGAUUUCCAGAUGUCAGCUAGCUCUGCUUUGGUGAUAGGUAGCAGGAUGCUUCUUAUAUUAAAGAGCCCUCAAAUAAUAGCUUAUGCCAAAAAAAAAAUGUUCAGCAGUUUUAAAUUUUGAAUUUAAAUAGACGGAGUAUGUAAGUAAGGUGAAAGAACACCAAACAUUCAGUUAUGAGUAAGCAGGCAGUCGUAUUCUGUUUAACAUGUAUAAGUACAAGGAAUGAUAUUCUUAACAGAUUGCCUUUGUAAGGCCUUUAAGAAAAUGUGACAAGAAUAGACGUCAUUUUAAGAUGCUAUUAACACUUGUUUCAUCCUUGAUAAAGACUGAUAACCACUAAAUAGUCAUAUUAAAAAGCCGUUUAUUUUGGUGAGUUAUUCCAAGAGUUGUACAAGCUUUAUGUUUUGGAAUUGCAAUAUUAAACUCACUCUAAAUUCAGGAUUUAUUGUCAUUACCUUAGUAAUAGCUAUGCAGAUUGAGCAUGGAAUAGGGAAUUCAGAGACCUGAGUUUAUUCCCAAACUCACUUCAAAUCUCUGUAGGUCUGUGAUACAAAGGCAUAGAACAAUUCCAGUAUUGAAGCCUUGAUGAAAGUUUUGGCAUAUACAGGUAAUAGAUAAAAAUUGCAAAUAUGUAAAUGUGUUCUGACAUCUUAAAGGUAAUUUUGAGUUAAAUUGUAUAAGUUCAGGUUUGUGUUCAGGAGAGAUUAAAUCCCUAAGGUAUUUUUGUUAAGUAUUUCAGAAUCAAUGCUUGGAACUGCAGUUAAUACUUAGUGGAGUGAAAAUUUAAUCCACCUAUUAGGAUAAUACAUUAGACUGUCAGGUAUUAGACUUUUUUCCUGUACGCUGGGUUUUUACAUAUUUGCCAUAUACUCAGUAGAAGUACAGUUUAUAUAAUUUUGAAUAUGGGGUUAGUAUGGUUUGAUAUCCUAUAUGAAAACCUGCUUCUAACGUUGUAAAUUUUAACCCUCUCCUCCUGCUUCUUGCUAUGUGGUAUGUUCAGGCAUUGAGAAAAUAAAAAUCCUCAGGUAAAGAAUAAUCAUGUUUAAACAUAGGCCCUAUCAUUUAGUAAAGCAUAACACUUUCUAUAAUAAUGGCAAUAUGAAGGUAUGCGUCCUUCUAAUCCAAUAGUGAAAACAUGCCUUUACUAAAAUGCAGUGUCAUUAGCUUGUUCUACACUCAGACGUCUCAAUUCAUAAAAACUCAUAAUUACAGCUGAUUUCUGGUCCCCUAAAAAUAAACUUCCUUUUAAUUAAAAAUAAUUCUUCAAAAUAGGAAUUCUUCAAAUAGGUUGAGCUGCCAAUAAUUGUUAACCAAAAACCAUACUGUGUUUCUGUGUGCUUUUCGCUGUGCCAUAGGGGAACCAUGCAGCUAGCAUACCUCUUUCAGAAAGAUGAGACAGUCCCAGGAGUGAUCCAGAGGUCCUAUCUAGGUAUGUGCCUGUUUAUGCUGUUUUCCUAUAUACAUACUCACCUUAUGCUCACAGUUGUAAUUCUACUAGCUUUUCCUUGAUUUCUGAUUUAGCUUACUCUUCAGCUGGAUUCCUGUCUCCUUUGACCAGUCUCUGUACUGCCUCCAGAGAAGCUAAGAGAAGGGCUCUGGUCAUUUUUAAUUUUCUCCUGCUUUUUAGUAUCAGUUCACUAGUGUCAGAAGAAAGAGGUUGUACCCUGACUGAUAGAGAAUCAACUAGUUACUGUUUAUGGAUAAUAAUGCCUGCAGAUUUUUAGUGAAGCUGAAAUCCUAUGGUACAUUUCCUUUCCCUUAAAUAUGCCACCCUGCAGGACUGGCAGAUGAGAUCUACUCUGCUAAAACCAGCCCAGAAACAAGGGCGGCCAAGGCCUGCCUCACUCCUCUUGGUCCCUGGCCUCUGGCUCAGGACAGAUCUCUCUCCUUUCUGCUCUAGUUCUGUUGGCACAGCUUGUGGCAGCCUAAUGCACCCAAGGCUUCAUGGGAUGACUUCAGGCUAGCUCACUAGGUUCAUCUGCCAUUAGAACAGUCGUUUCUCCGAAAGCAUCUGAGGGCACAGUAAGAUGUUUUACUUUUUAUAUUUGUCUUUCACUAUAUGAAACAUAGAAAAUACAAUCAUCCUCAUAAGAAAGGACCAUAGCAUUUGCAAGAUGAUUUUGGAGUUGUGAGGUUAUGCCUCACCCCUUACUUUUCUCCUCACUCUGUUUCUCCUCUUUGUGCCUUUUUCCUGUAUACGGUGCUUUCUAUUUGUUUGAUUGGAAUGGGUCACCAACUUUAAAAGGACAUUUUUAGGAAGAAUUGUGUUAGAGGUUUUCCUAAGAGAUAACCAGAGAGAAGCCUUAUCCAGUCAUCAGACACAGGUACUCAUGUGGAAGAGGAAAUAGGUUGUACAGCAGGUCUGAGCACAGGAAACAAGUUAGGAAUAAGUUUAGGUACAAAGGAAACAACCUUUGGAAGGGGACAUGACUAACCAGAGUAUUUGCUGUUUCACAUGCUUCUGAUGUUGUCCCCAUUUACUGUAUCCUAUUUCCAGAUAGUUUGGCUGUUAGUGUGUAUGUCUCCACCCCCAGGAGCCCCACCUGUGGUGGGAGCUACAAGGCUCCACUGGAGGCAUCACUCUGUCCACCAGAACGCUCACCCUGGAGAUGACUUGGCAUGAGAGAGGGAGGGGCAGGUUAGGAAAAUGGAGUGAAACCUUUAAUCUUGGCCGAGGCUAUAGAUAUGAAGUGCCCCGGAGAGUCGGGCUCCCAGAGAACUCUUUCCAGCAGCGAUGACAACUUGGUUCUGUAGGGGACACAAAACAGAAUUCAUUUUCCGUUCAUAACAUCUAUUAAGUUCCUGCUGUAGUCCAGGCAUCAUGUUAUGCUCGGAAAUAUAAAAGACAUUGGCCAGACCCCAGGGCUUGAGUUUAAAUACCCCUUUGGCAGAUCUGUAGGUUAAGAAAACUACAGCUGAGGAAGGUCCCUUCUCUGGUACAUGAAGGAAAAGUGUGUCCAUGCGUUUUUAUUCAGCAUCUGAGCUGUGGUGCAGUGUAGACGGCAUAUCUGGAGUAGUAAGACUUCCACAAACAGGCUGGCCUUUGUCAGUGUGUUCACACCACCUACUCUGCCCCUGCUGAUUGAAAUAUUGUAGGAACAGUUUUUCAGAAUGGUCUAAGCUUGUACAAGUUUUUAAACAGUUUUUGAGGUGGAUUUUAGUUUUGGAAACUACCAGGAGUUUUUCUGGACCAUGGCUGAUAAAUGAGGUGUAGCUGAUCAAACUGGCUGAUAGGGUUGUGGUAGAGCAGGGUGUGACCAUAAAACUGUGACGUUUCUCAUUGACUUAAUUUUGAAAACUACCAAUGGAAUCCAGAAAUAAAGGCUAACAUAUUGAGCCUUUACCGUAUGUCAAAUACUAUGCUUAACCCUUUGCUUGUAUCUUUUUAAAUACACUAGUGUCAGAUAAGAGGGAAAAUCUCAACUCUUAUUUAUGGAAUUACUCAUUUACUGGAUUUGCCUGUAGUUUGGCUGUGAGCUAAGUUUCCUCUCCAUUUCCUGGUUAAACCAUCUUCAUGCCUAAAAUCAAGUGUUCCCCUGCUGCUUGCCCUCUCUGCCCAGUCAGCCUACUCCUAUUUCCAGAUCCACUCAGGCCCAAGGGACCCUGCAAGGCCACCAGCAUAGACUUCCAUUGAUCUCUGACUGCCUUUGGUCAUCCUAAAUGGACUUGCUGGUCUUGUAGGUGUUUCAUUUUUCCACUAAGAACCUGGGGGCAGGGACCAGGUUUGUCUGCCUCUCUGGUACCCAAUGUAACACUGCUCCGCCAGGGCCCUCGGGCUGACUGAAGGCAGCCCCACAGGAGGUGGCAGUACCACUCAGGUAAGUGCCAAGUCCUCCUGGUUCUAGCUGGUUACUAGUUCAGUACUUAAUGCUCACGUAGAGAAAGGAGUCUUCAAAGUCAUAACUUUUACUCAAGUAAAAGGCCACCCACUCUGAUCAUCCUCAGAUUGUCUGUGUCCAUUUUUUAAAUAUAACCUUUGAUUUAUCUUUACACUCAGAGUGCUUUAGGGGCCCCCAGUCUCAAAGGAAGAUGAAUUUGCAUUGUUAUACAGAAAGUUAUACAGAAAGGAAUCAAAUAUACUUUUAGAUGAUCUGUACUGCCCCCUUCAGUUGGUAUAAAUAAUGGUUGAGUAUUCUAUAAAUGAGUUACAGCAAGGGCUACUUGAACUUCAUCCCAUAGUUCACUUACUCUUUACCAUUUAAUCCUACACUGAUUUGCAUUUUACUUAACUUCCCGUGUGUAUAAAUCUUAACUUCCCGUGUGUAUAAAUCUUAACUUUCUAUCUCUCUCAUAGCCUAAUUCCAUACAAUGUCAUAUCCUAAAAUAAAUGAGUGGAAUCAGUGGUUUAGCUGUAUAUUUUAAGAUAAAACCCAUUUAAUCUGUUGUAUCUAUUAAAAUGUGCAUACUCCUUGACCUAGCCGUCUUCUAGGAAUCUUACCAGCAGAGAAAUUUGCACAAUUAUAAAUUAUAAAGAUACAGAUACAAGAAUGCUCACUAGAGCGUUGUCUGUAAUAGGAAAAAAAUGGAAGUAACUACAAGAAAUAACUAAAUGUCUAUUGAGAAAGUAAACCAAAGAAAUAAAAUAUGGUGCAUCCAGACAAUAAAUUACUAUUCAGUCAUUGAAAAGAAUCAGAUAGUUCUUUAUGUACUUGUCUGGAAGGAGGCACUGAAAGACAGUUACAUAUGUAUGUUUCUAAAGUCAUACAAAAACAGUCUUGUAGAAAAAGAACCAAAAUAUUAAUAGUGCUUAGCCAGUAUGGCAAGUGAAGGACCCAGGAUAAUAUGUUAGGCUUUGUGGGAUGUCAGUCUGAGGCAGCUGAUCAACGGUAUAGUAGCAGCUGUAAAGAAAGGAAUGACCGUGGCUAUAUCCCACUAAAACUUGAGACACUGCAAGUUGAACUUCAUAUGUGUCACAAAAUAUAUUUUUUGAUCAGUGCACACAUGUCAAUGAUUUUUAGUUCAUGGGCUAUACAAAAAUGGGCAGCCAGCUAGAGUUGGCCCAUAGGCUCUAAUUUGCUAACCUCUGCUGUAGAGGAUGAAAUUGGAGGGGUAGCAAGGGAAACUUUUCACCAAAACUGAUGGGAUUAUGUGUGAGUGUGUUUUUGUGUGUGUCCCUCUAUUUUUCAAAUUAAAAAAUCUAAAAUACAUACAAAAUGAGAUCAUCCCCAAAUCGCAGCCUUAGAACAAAUGCAGAUAUCAAAGUGGUACAGUCUUGGUACUCACCUUUUUCUUUGACCUCACAGUGAUCAUAGAGCUCCCAAACCUUGAGCCUGCCUGAAAAACACACUCUGUUAACUCUCUGUUAGUAGCCUUUGAAAACGCACCAUGGGGCUUCUCUGGUGGCACGGUGGUUAAGAAUCCACCUGCCAAUGCAGGGGACACAAGUGCCCUGGAGGAUCCCACAUGCUGUGGAGCAACUAAGCCCGUGCACCACAACUACUGAGCCUGCGCUCUAGAGCCCGCGAGCCGUAACUACUGAAGCCUGCGUGCCUAGAGCCUGUGCUCCGCAACUAGAGAAAGCCCACGCACAGCAACACAGACCCAACGCAGCCAAAAAUAAAUUUAUAAAAAAACCCACCAGGGCUUCCCUGGUGGCGCAGUGGUUGAGAGUCCGCCUGCCGAUGCAGGGGACACGGGUUCGUGCCCCGGUCUGGGAAGAUCCCACGUGGCGCAGAGCGGCUGGGCCCGUGAGCCAUGGCUGCUGGGCCUGCGCGUCCGGAGCCUGUGCUCCGCGGCGGGAGAGGCCACAACAGUGAGAGGCCCACGUAAUGCAAAAAAAAACCACCAUGUGAUUUUAUCAACUUGAAAUAAGGGAAAGGGCUGCUUUUUUUUUGGUAGUUUUUCAUUUUUUUCAGAAGGUACUUACUUCAGGAGAAAUCAAUACAUAUUGGGCCUGAAAGAAAGUGAUGAGAAAGGGAGACAAUGUUAUUACUGUUCAUGGGGGUUUUUUUAAACCAAUUUUAAUUACACCCUUACACUCACAUUUCUUCAUUUUAGAGAAGCCCUUUGUCACCAGAAAUUCUUCUUAUAGUUUAGCUCAGAAAAAUAGAUGUAUAAAAAUGUUUAUAUGUGAAUAUUUCUUACUGUAACAGCAAAAAUUUGAAAUGGACUAAGUGACUAAUAAUCACUUAAUGAUUAGACUGGUUUAUCUACAGAUAAAAUACUAGGUAUCUGGUAGAUAUAUUGUAUAAGACUAUAGGAAGGCGUAGAAAACAAAGUUGUAUACAAAAUCAUGUACAAUAUGGUCACCACCGUUAAUAAGAUACGCACAGUGUAGUGGUUAAGAGUGCACUUUAGAAUCAGCUCUUGGUUCAAGUCUCUGUUCUGCUAUUUCCUAGCUGUGUGACCUGUAACAACUUCCUUCUCCAAUCUUCAGUUUCUUUAUAAUGGGUAUAAAAUACCAAAUUAAUAGCUUUGAUGUGGAUUAGAUUUUUUAUGUGUAGCAUAGUGCUAGGCACAGAGUGAAUGCACAAUAAAUGGUAGCAAUUAAGUUUAGCAAAAUCCUAGAAGGAUAAACAUCAAAGGGUAAUAGACGUUAUCUCUGUAGAGUAGAAUUCUAGGUAGAUUUUAAUUUUCUUUGUACUGUGUAUUUUCUAAUAUUUUUACAAUAAACUUUCAUUUUUUGCAAUUUAAAAAGUAAUUUUUAAGUUUAAAAAUAACAGCCAAGUUAAGGAAACCCACCUGAGAAAAGGAAUAAAACAAAGCAAUGAAAGAUGAAAUAAAAAGAUUGGGAGUCUUCAUGAAACUCCAAUGGCUGUGGCCUGUUUUCUUCUGCCGUGGGCUCCUGACCAAGCAGUGGCCGGCUAUGACCAAGAACCAAUAUGACACCCCAUCCAACUGCAGCUGUGGGGGGUGAACACUGCAGAACUGCCGGUAAGCAGGCAGCCUGGGCCUACAAACACGAGCAUGGGAUGGUGUCCUGACCCCAGGUAAGGGGCAGGUUACCUGAGUUCAGGCAGAAACUAAUGAGAGUUCUAUAGUGGACAUAAUUUACUAAGGCAUCAGCAAGUAGCCAUCCUUUCCCAGGAUGGUAUGGAAUUGUGUACAAGAGCAGUUACCUUUUCUUCUGGACAUGGAGCUACCCACGAUUUGCAUUUGCCUGUCAUGUCGCCCAAGGUGACCUCUUUGCCAUUAUACACAUAGACACGGCCAUCUUCUCCCCCCAUCAGUCCAGAGGUUACAUCUGUGAUCCUCAGUGGGGCUGCCAUGAUGAUUUCAUCUGUAAACAAUGAAAACCAGCAGCAGGAAGUAUCUACUCGCUGUCAUUGUUCCACUACACUACUGGAUCCUGACCCAACCUUCCACAAAUAAUAUUAGUAUAUCUUUUACUAGGUCUGUCCUGAUUUCAUUCCAACGUAGUCAGAGGCUUUUGUUUUCUGUUAUCAUUCAUUAAUAAUAGUUGAUGUGGGUGGCUCUCGUGUCACCAUGUUCAAAAAGUACUACUCUUGUACAUCCGGCUCUGGACUUGAUUCAUUAUGAGGCUAGAGCCUAGGUGAGCCAAUUGGGGGACUCAUCAGUUAAGCAAAGGACUUUCUUAUUGGCCCGAGACACCGUUCCUUCCUACCUAAGCCAUCGUUAUCCAGGUCACUCAAGUGCAGAACGCCACCAAAUCGGGAGAAGCGGCGGUCUCCACUGAAGGUGCUGAGCAGAGAAGGCUGCAAGUCAGGUGGCAGUUUGUACAUCCGAGUGCUUCCACCUUGGCGCAAGGUCGUGGUCAGGAAUGCCAUCUUAGCCGUGACAUCUGAAAUAAACCAUAGUAUGGUAACUGCUGCCAUCACAAGGACGAAGAUAGGACAUAGACGUUAUCGGUUACUUUGUGUCACUGACUUUCAGGAUUACUGUGAGAUGGUCAAAUUUGUGAAUGCCAAGGUUUUUUUUAAUAUAUGAUCAUUAUAAAAGGUGUGGGAAACACCCCAAAAAAGUAUAAAGAAGAAAACGUAUAUAAAGCAUCUAUUUCUUUCUGGACAAUGAUCUGUACUUACAUGUACAUACACACAUUUUAAUGGGGGUUUUUGCAGAUUAUAAAAUUCUUUUUACACUCAGGCCAUUUUUAACUUUUUGCUUUUAUAAUGAAUACUAUGAUAAAUAUCCUUCCCCGUAGUUCUGAGUAGUUUAUGAGAACAGAUUCUUAGAAGGGGCCCAUAUAGCCUUGGAUUUGGGGAAUGGCUUUUUGCCAGACCUCUUUCUAGAAAAGGUAUAUCGGUUCACAUUUCACAAGCAGUGUGUCAGUUCCCAUCUCACUUCAACUUUGCCAUCAUUGAGUAUUCUUUUUCAUACUGAAAGUACUUCAGUGUUUAAUCAGCACCCUAAAAUCCUCACUGAAUGUUCAAACUUGUGUAUAGUGGCCACAGCCUGACCCAGAGAUCCUGCCGAGGCAGGGGACAGGGCGAGAGGGACAAGCCUAACUGUCCUACUCAAACUUGCCCUGAAAGUAGAUCAGAUUUUUCACAUUUAACUUAAUCUGUCCAUAGAGCUGCAAUUCCCCAACUAUACACUGAAACACUUCAGCGAACUCACGGAGGAUACGGCAGGUAUCUUGAACUUUUGCUGGUAACACAAUGACAUCUGUCUGACGCCACAUGACCUACCUGCUGGAGGUGGGUCAUAGUUUCAACAUUAGGUCCCUAUGUUCCUUUCAAUGAUGUCACAUCUGUGCAAAACUGGGAUUUUAUCAUAAUGGGUUGUUAUGGUAAAAUGCAGGUACCACUAGAAAAUCAGUGUGGAUCGAAAUGAGGAUAGCGGUGUCUAAUCUGAUUCCAGGGUUUGAGAAGUGGUACAGUACCCCAAAGGAGCUGUUAGGACAUAAACACAGCAUCUGCAACCUACUGAGUCACACGGGGCCCCAUACUGAGAAAGGCCCUGUGCUUGGCUUUAUGCUCUCCUGUUAAGAAAAAUUAUCCAGAAUUUCAGGGAACAAAUUUUGUCUGGGCCCCUCAAAUUAUGUGGGUGAAAUACAAUCAAAAUACAAGUAAAAAUAGGAAAAUCUGAGCAAGAUUGGUGGAUUAUAUCUGUUGAUAACCCAGCUGUGACACUGGUUAUGGUGUGCAGAUUAUCAUCGGGGAAAACUGGAUAAAAUGUAACAUGACCUCUAUUAUUUCUUACAACUGCAUGUGAAUUUAUAAUUAUCUCAAAAAGCAUCAUUUAUAUAUAUGUAUCAUUAUAUAAUUAACCUUUAUAUUCUGUAUUUUAUACAAUAUUUGAUAAUGGAGAAAAUUAUUAAGGCAGUAAAGGGACUAAAACUAAGAAAAUUUGGGAAGCUCUAAUUCACAGCACUCUGGGGGCAAGAGUGCUGAGACAAAAUUAGUAAUGUGUGUUGCAAGAGUUUAGAAAUCACUACCUAGACUCUGUAAAGGAAGAAAAAAAAUAUUCCAAAGCUAAGUCAGCAACUUUCUGUUGUAAUGCUUUGUCCUUACGCAUGCAAGGAAAGAUUUAACCAUUCCUUUGCCCAAUCCACUUCUACGUAUCAUUCAAAUACAUUGUAUGAAACGAAAAUCUUUCUGAAAAAUAAUUUCACAAUAUGUAGUAAGAGUCUUAAGAUUAGCCCCUCUAGCGAUAGGAUGAUGGUAGUAAAUGUUGGCAUGUGUGUAUGGAAAAAAUGUGAUACAAGUAUCAAAAGUAAUGUUUUAGAAGAAUAUUUAACAUGAGAACAUGCUUAAGAUAUAAAAUAUUAGGUGUAAAAAACAUGUAUGCAUUUAAGCUUUAAAAUAUCUGGGUAAGGGGUGAUUUUUUUCUUCUCUAUACUUCCUUAUAUUUUCACAAAUUUCUACAAUAAGCAUAAUUUACUUUUAUACUCUUGGAGGGAGUAGAUUUUUGUUCUUUUAACUCACCCAUAAAUUAAACAAAAUAAUGUUUUAUUAACAUA